ACUCAUUACAAAAUUUUAUAUACUAUCUUUCUUCUUCUUAUAAGGAUUGUAGUUCUAGAGCUGAGUAAUCGAAAAGAUUCUGAAGCAUUCUCGAAUUUAGGUAUUAGUUGGUUUGAAUAUUAUAUUUCAAGUAGUGUAAAAAUGGUUUUGGGUUGGAGAUUAAGGAGAAAAAGCAACAAGAAGAAGAGCCUCAAGGCAAUGAAGGUUGAGAUUCCAAACCAUUUCCUUUGUCCAAUCGCAUUUGAUUUGAUGAAAGAUCCGGUUACAUUAUCAACUGGCAUAACCUACGAUCGAGAAAACAUCGAAAAGUGGCUCGAGGAAGGGAAUUUCACUUGUCCUGUCACCAAUCAGAUUCUCCAUAACUUUGAUUUGAUUCCCAACCAUUCCAUUCGCAAGAUGAUCCAAGAAUGGGGUUUGGAGAAUCAAAAGCACGGUUUCCAACGCAUUCCCACGCCUCGAAUUCCAAUCACGCCAAUCGAGGUAACCAAUAUUCUUUCUUUCAUAGAAUCUUCAUCUAGGCAGCUAGACACAUCCAGCUGCCUAGAAGCCCUAAAGAAAAUAAAGCAAUGGGGUACAGAAAGCCACCAUCGCAACAAACGUUGUAUGGUGGCUAAUGGCGCGGCCGAAGUACUCUCGGCUGCGUUCGAGAGCUUCGCAGCCGAACCAUUUGAAGAAAAUAGUAUUGUUUGCGAAGAAAUAUUGUCGAAUUUGGCUUGGAUGUUUCCAAUUGGAAAAAUUGCUCGAAAUCACUUAAAAUCAGAAGCUUCUUUACGUUGCAUGAUUCAGUUUCUCACACGUGUGGAGACGAAUAUCUCAACAAAGGAGAAUUCAAUCAAAACAUUAGAAGAGCUAAUCAUUUUUUAUGAUGUUGAAGAUGAUCAAAACCAAACCUACACAUUAUUAGAAUUUCUAUCAAAAAUAGAGGGAGUAAAUGAGAUACUAAUGGAGUUCAUCCAAAAAAAAGUUUCAAACAAAAUUACCAAAUCUACCCUCAUGAUAAUCUACCAAAUGGUUUCAACAACUCCUUCAUUGGAAAUUACCAUAUUGUCCUUCCUUGAAAUGGGCUUGAUUUCUUCACUCUUGGAAAUCCUUGUAGAUUCUCAUGAUGAUCAAGAGAAUAACAAGGUUAUAAUAAGUGAAAGAGCAUUGGGUAUUAUGCAUAGUGUUUUAAGUUACUACCAAGGUAGAGUAAAAGCCUAUGAAAAUGACCUAACUAUACCAAUUUUGGUUAAGAAACUUUUGAGGGUUUCAAAUUUGGCUACUGAAUUUUCAGUCUCAUCAAUUUGGAAACUUUGUAUGAAUGGAGUAGUGGAACAAGAGAAAGAAGAGUUGAGAUCAGUUGUUCUUGUUGAGACUCUUCAAGUUGGUGGGUUUCAAAAAUUGUUGUUGAUUAUUCAAGUUGGUUGUGGUUAUGAGACUAAGGAAAAAGCAACUGAGGUUUUGAAACUUUUGAAUCCUUAUAGACCUCAAUUGGAAUGUAUUGAGUCUGUUGAUUACAAAAGUCUCCAAAGGUCAUUUUGAGAUAAAAUUAAGUAGUUUUUUUUUGGAGUUCUAGCUAGUUGGAAAUAAUCUAAUAUAAUAUAUUCUUUUCUUCUUUUAUGUAGAUUUUGUUUUAAUUAAUUAAAUUUUGAAAUACAUGAGUAUAUAUUGGCAAAAAUUAUAGAGUUACUUUGUAAUAUAAGUUUUAUUUUGU